UCACUAUCAAUCUAGUCAUGCGUUUUAUCAAUAUUCACUGCUUUUUACUUUACAUAGACACGCACAUAAACGUUCACAUGCAUAUGGAAGGAGAUACAUGAAAAUAUAUUUGAUCUAUAAAUAAUAAAAUUAUGAUUUCAGUAGGCUACUUUCAUUUAAAAGCUCAUUGGCGUUGCCGGGUAACGCAAUGUAAACAAACUUGGAUGCAUGUUUGUAGGGUGAUGUGAAGGAGCUGCCGAAAAGAUGUUGUUUUUUAAAUUGUUAAUAGGUUUUAAGUGACUCUGAAUUGCCAGUCUCCGUAGGUAUGAGUCUCAUAGAGCGGAAUACACCAUCCACCCGGAGACGCAGGGACACAUUUCCAAAUAUCCGUGCGGCAGGGAAGCUCAUUCCAGUAGGUGACAGAGCAAAAGCCUGUUUGCAGGAAAUUACACCAAGGUCUUUAACUCCACCUGUGGUGAGGAAGUUCAUCAGUUCUGCUCGGCCAGCUGUUGGAGCAGUCCGAGUGUUCCAUGGAAAAGCAAAUGACCCUGACAUUGCCAGCGCUGUAGUUCAUGGUGUGAGCACAAAAACGUCAAUAACUGCUGGAUUAUUGAUCAACCCUACACCAAAGACACGCUUCCAAGAUAGGCUACGUCAUCUUCAAGAAAUCAAUAAUGCCACCAAUCAAAAAGCUCCUCUUGGGAAGACACGAGUUCAAGGCCCUGGUUUACCAAGUUGGCUGGACCCUGAGAAAACAGCUUUCGGUUUCACAACCCUCCGGUGUUCUAAUGCUGGUGAGGUCAUCAAUCCCCCCAAAACUGCACAUGAGGUGGAGAAAGAGGCGAAUGAGGGACAUCAACUCUACAUUCGCUCACAUGGCUCAUAUUUUGUAGGGGAGCGUUUGGACAGGAAGUAUAACUGGAGUCACUAUGAAAGAGACAGUAGGUUUGGUGUCCCGACGCCUCAUCGCAAUGAUGGGAGGAACAUUUCCAGAUCCCUCUACUGGCCCUGUGACACACAAAAGCACAACAGCGCAAAAUUAGUUGCAAAAUGCUGCGACAACUUCAGAGAGAGGACUCAGCCACAGAUAGGCAAAGUUCAUGACCCAAUUGUAGAGACGCUACAAGUUCCCAGUGAUCACACAUUUGGAGUGUUGAUGAAACCUGACAGCUGUGGUGCAGGCGACCUUGUGCAUCAAACUCCAGCUGGCCAAUAUCUGAGAGGUACAGACCGACAGCGAGCACUGGUCAACGCUGUUCGCCAGCACCUUAAGAAGACCAACUUCCAGAACUUCAACUCAUUACUAGAAGCUUUCAGAUACUAUGACAAGAAGAGUCAGGGGAAAAUAGAUAAAGAGGAUCUGAAGGACGUUUGCCAGCAUUUUAACAUGAUCAUCAGUGAGCCAGUACUCAAUGACCUCAUCGAUUACUGUGAUGUUGAUAAAGACGGACUCAUCAAUUUCAUGGAGUUUUCCAAUUUUCUCAACUGGAAAGACAAAAUGCCAAUCAAUAGGGUGGAGCAGAGCAUUCUGACAGGAGAGUGCAUGGCAUGGACAGCCCCAGCCAACAUGCAGAGAGCAGACCUCCAGGAAUCUACUACUGUGAAGGUCUUGGUCACACCUGAGAAUCUGGAACCUGUUCAGGUGGGGAGCACCAGGAAGAUUCCUAAAACCCUGUCCAGACCAAGAAAGGUGCAGGAGGAUAGAUUCAUCACCUCCUCUUCUGUCAUCAAUGCUGUUGUGGGUGGCUUUCCCACUACGAAUUAUCACAUAUAUGGGGUACCAUCAGUUCGGACAGAUCUACCUGCCCCUCGUAUCAAGCGCAUCAGCGACAGGACAAACUACGGUGAUGAAGCAACAGCGUAUGAUCUGCUGUACCCCCCUCUGCAUUCACUCUACGGAGUGCAUGAAGAACAGUUUUUAGGCCCUCGCACUAAAGAUGAGAUAGCAGAGAUAUUCCAGAAAGUGGGUCUCGAGUUUGCUGAGGAUACAUUUGAGGAGGCCUGGAAGCUGGCGUCCAUGAGACAUCCCACUGGUGACGUAUGUGUGGAGAGCUUCCGAAACGUUCUCCGUGAACUACAGGCAAAUUAAUCUAAACUUUUCAGUAUUUUCCUUUUUCAUUUGAAAGGAUUUAUUUACUGAAAAACAAGAGUUAUUAAAUAGCGUGAUCUUUAACCAGUGUUGGGGAGUAGUUAACUAAAAGUAGCGACGCUACUUACUUUACUACAUUUUUCAGUAGCGUGACAAUAGCUUAAGUGUCUUUACAAUGUUGCAUUUCCUGUUAGGAGCAUUAUAGCACUGUAGUGUAACAAAAUGCUACAUUUGUCACAUUGUGUCAUAGUUCAUGUAUAUAAUCCGGUUAAAAUAAACGAUUCCGUUAUGUUCAGCGUUGGGAACUCUGAUUCAUUUUAGUGAGUUGGUUCUUUCGG